AUGCGGAGUUCAUGUGACAUUGUCGUCGGCAACUUAGACCUUGUGACAGAGAUCCUUCUUCGACUGCCUGUGAAAGACGUGGCUCGAUAUAAGUGUGUUUCAAAGCAAUGGUUGUCUCUCAUCUCCAAUCCUCUAUUCUGUCAUUCCCACACUCGUCGUCUAUUCAUCACCUCUACCCCUUGUUUCCUUUGGAAAGACAUAUCCGAUUCGGAAUUCGAGAGAAUCCCCGUAACCAAAUCUGACACUGACCCAUCUCCGGUAAGAACCUACAAAUUUUAUAACACUCGUGGAGUCCCUUCAAUUAUGCAGUCGUGCAACGGUUUACUAUUAUGCAAAACUAUAUAUGUCUCCUUCCGUGUUAAGAUCAUGCGUACAUCCGUAGAAGUUGUUAACCCAACCACCAAGCACUUACUUAGACUUAAACCAAGUCUAAUUUUUAAUGAUGAAAAAUUAUCUGCAAUUUAUUUGUGUUUCGACCCUUUGAGAUCCAUUCACUUUAAAGUUGUUUUGUUCCUAAGAGCAAAAAGUGGUAGUGGGAGUAUCACAAAUGAUAAAACUUCUUGUCCCAACAAGUUUGAGAUUAAAGAAUAUUCGUCAGAGACUGGUUCUUGGAAUGAGGCUGUAGUCUUCUUUACAGGUUCACCAAAUUUCAUUGUUGAUGCUGGUGUUUACUGUAAUGGUGCUAUACAUUGGUACACUCCUGGUGAGAAUUCUGUUUAUUUUGAUGUCUAUCAGAAACGUUUUAACUCAUUGCCAGAACCAGCAUCCAAUGACGGUAAGAAUAUGCAUGUUAAGUAUUUUGGGGAGUUUAAAGGGCAUUUGCAUUUGAUACUAAUUGAGAAUGAGGAAAGUUUGGAUUUUGAUAUUUUGGAGCUGAAGGAAGAUUACUCCGCAUGGAUUGUGAGAUAUCAUGUUGAUCUUAAUCUUAUAGGAGAUGCAUUUCCGCUACACUUUCACCAUCCAUUUUCUGUGUUAUGUGUUGUUCACCAAGCAAAUGAAGAGGACUCGAUCGUUGUGCUGUGGGUCGACUCCAAAAUCGUUUCCUAUAAUCUAAAGAAUCAUACUUCGACAAUUAUCUAUGAAGUAGAUCUUCCAUGGUACGUGAGUGGAGAUGAAGCGGGUAAAUUAUUUGAUCACUACUUUGAAAUUCUACUCAAUGUUGGAUUAAAUUAA